GAGGAGAUGGAGCAGUCCCUUAAGUGAUCAUUCCAUCCACGCACACGGCUUUCACCUAACAUCUGGUUCAAGUGUAAUGUUUUCAGCUCCGCACCACCUGGACAGCGUCUGUGCCCUCCCCUUCAAAUGCAGCUCAGUAUUAUGGUCCUCUAACCAAGAGAACCGUGCUCCCCUCGCCGCAUGUCUCGUGGUUCACCGGCAGACCAGUGAGUUCACACGUCUUCACCAGACGACUCUCCGGAGCAGCUGUUUAGAGGAAUCAUUAACCAAUGGCAACAGGAAUCCAAGGAUAAAGUGAUUUCCCUUCUGCUAACUCACCUGCCUUUGCUGAAGCCAGGAAACCUCGACGCGAAAGUAGAGUAUAUGAAACUGCUGCCCAAGAUCCUGGCACACUCUAUCGACCAUAACCAGCACAUUGAGGAGAGCAGGCAGCUGCUGUCCUAUGCUUUGAUCCACCCUGCCACUUCCCUGGAAGACCGCAGUGCACUAGCCAUGUGGCUGAACCACUUGGAGGACCGCACAUCCACCAGCUUCGGUAGUCAGAACCGAGGCCGCUCGGACUCUGUGGAUUACGGACAGACCCACUACUAUCACCAAAGACAGAACUCUGAGGACAAGCUCAAUGGCUGGCAGAACUCUCGGGAUUCUGGGAUUUGCAUCAGCGCCUCCAACUGGCAGGACAAGAGCCUGGGCUGUGAGAACGGCCACGUGCCCCUGUAUUCUUCCUCGUCUGUCCCCGCCACGAUCAACACGAUUGGAACCAGCACAAGUACGAUUCUCUCAGGCCAGGCACACCACAGCCCUUUGAAACGAUCUGUGUCCCUUACCCCACCCAUGAAUGUGCCAAACCAGCCUCUAGGACAUGGAUGGAUGUCUCAUGAGGACUUACGAGCUAGAGGACCUCAGUGCCUCCCAUCCGAUCAUGCCCCCCUGUCUCCACAAAGCAGUGUAGCCUCUUCAGGAAGUGGUGGGAGUGAACACUUAGAAGAUCAGACCACUGCUCGUAACACAUUCCAAGAAGAAGGUAGUGGUAUGAAAGAUGUUCCAGCUUGGUUAAAAAGCCUUCGCCUGCACAAGUACGCUGCGCUCUUCUCACAGAUGACUUACGAGGAAAUGAUGGCCCUCACGGAGUGUCAACUGGAGGCUCAGAAUGUUACCAAAGGGGCAAGACACAAAAUCGUCAUCAGCAUUCAGAAGCUCAAAGAAAGACAGAACCUCCUGAAGUCUUUAGAAAGGGACAUCAUCGAAGGAGGCAGCCUGCGCAUCCCCCUCCAGGAGCUGCAUCAGAUGAUCCUGACGCCCAUCAAGGCCUACAGCUCUCCCAGUACCACCCCUGAGGUGCGACGCCGGGAGCCCUUGCUGAUGGAGAGCCCGAGUCCUGACUGCAAAGACAGUGCUGCUACAGUCACCAGCGCCACAGCCAGUGCCUCAGCCGGUGCCAGCGGUGGGCUGCAACCACCCCAGCUAAGCAGCUGCGACGGGGAGCUGGCUGUCGCCCCUCUGCCGGAGGGGGAUCUCCCGGGACAGUUCACCCGAGUCAUGGGGAAAGUGUGCACACAGCUCUUGGUCUCCAGACCCGACGAGGAAAAUAUAAGCUCCUAUCUACAGCUCUUAGACAAGUGUCUCGUUCACGAGGCAUUUACAGAGACACAGAAAAAAAGAUUGUUGUCAUGGAAACAGCAGGUGCAGAAGCUCUUUCGGUCUUUCCCUCGGAAAACCCUUCUAGACAUAUCAGGAUAUCGACAGCAACGAAAUCGUGGCUUUGGACAGUCCAACUCCCUCCCGACGGCCAGCUCUGUGGGCAGUGGCAUGGGUAGACGGAACCCACGACAGUACCAGAUCGCAUCUCGGAACGUCCCUUCUGCCCGCCUUGGUCUCUUGGGCACCAGUGGAUUUGUCAGCUCCAACCAGCGCCACACUGCUGCCAACCCCACCAUCAUGAAACAAGGAAGACAGAACCUCUGGUUUGCCAACCCUGGGGGCAGCAACAGCGUACCCAGCCGCACCCACAGCUCCGUCCAGAAGACCCGCUCGCUGCCCGUGCAUACUUCCCCACAAAACAUGCUGAUGUUCCAGCAACCAGAAUUUCAGCUUCCCGUGACUGAACCUGACAUCAACAAUAGGCUGGAGUCCUUGUGCCUCAGUAUGACGGAGCAUGCCCUGGGAGACGGGGUUGACCGGACCUCCACAAUCUAGAAACUGAAGAUGACAGUGACCGCGCUGGCCGUGAAAUGGACUGCUGCGGGCCCAGUGUCAGCCAUCUUCAGGGCUGCAGAGACUCUUCCAAGACACUUUGCAGCCUUUUCCCCCUGGUCCCUCGCCCAUUUUGAUUUUGUGAGAGCGUAGGUCAUCCUUGUAAACAUAUCAGUAGACCUGGGGUUGGUUAUGUUGUCAUUUGUUUCUGUCAUGGGAUGGGACGGUAUGCAGGGUGGGGAGGGGACUCUCGGGGAACGUGGGGCUGGGAGGGGGUGGAGGGAUGCUAGUGGCUUCCUGGAUUGAAAUGGAGUGGGGAAGAGUAUUGCUAGGAGAGUUAUGCAAGAGACACACGGGAGGGAGGGAGAAGCCCUGCCCUGGGGAGCCUUCUCAGUGCCCAGCUUCGCAGUCAGGCCGCAGAAGACAGAGCACACAAGCAAGCAGAGCAAGAUGGCGGCUGGCCUGUUUGUGUCUCCCCUGACUGGUGUUCCCUGAGGAAAAAACAACCACGAGAGAGGGCGACAAGGCAACAAGGGCAAGAGGAAGAAGUUCCCUCCAGCAAACUUUCAGAUAAACUUUGAUUUGUGUAUUGUUUACAUAAGAAUUUUAAAGGGUACAUAAAAGUGUCGAGUGUGGGUAGAACUUCCCUUCACACUAUGGGUUUUUUUUUUUGGUUUUUUUUUUUUUUUGUAAAAGACUGAUUCCUGUUACAGAUUCAUUUUUGUCUCAUCUAUAUUUUUAUAAUAGUAGCAGGGUUGUCUUUUUUUAAAAUGGCUGCCAAGCUCUGCUUCUCGAGAAGACGAUUGGGCCUCAAGGCUGCCGUCUUCCACCAUAAGAUGGGAGGAGCGCGUGGACGGGUUGGAAGGAUAAGGAUGUGGCUGGGAUGAACGGAGUGCUAGGCACAGACACGAGGAUGGUGGCGCCGUGUGACCAGUUAUGGAUUUACUCAUAGGUUUCCCUCAGAGAUGAUAAACUCUGCAACCUCUUUCUGGGCUGGAUUUGCAACCCACCCAAGGCCUGUCUUGCUCCCCACCCUCCCCACCCCAUCCUACCAGCCCUGGUCUCACCCCACAGACACACCCAUAGGUACAUGUCCCUCUAGAGGAGGAGAGACACGGUAGAUGGUUUUCUUUUGCACGAAGCCCGGCACUAGAACAUUUGUGACGAAGACUUUGCAGGAACCUAGACCCGGGAGCUGUAUCUCUUCUCACUCUUUCUCUCUGCUGAAGAAGAAUGGCCCAGCAAAUAGUGUCACAGAGAACAUGCAGAGAGGCAUUAAGUCCUCAUGGUCCAGCUCCAUCGAGGGGGCAGGCAGAUGAAAGCAGAAGCAGGAAAGGUCACACUUACAAGAGAAGUGGUGGCUCUCCCCAGGCCUGUGAGUCAGAGAUUCUCUGUGUGGCGGGAUGGCUUAUCCAGCCACGCACAGGAAAGAGAAAACACACGCACAUCACACAGCCGGAAAUUUACUGUGACACCGUGCUGUCAUAGGUCUGUCUCUUAAGGGCAGCAAAGAAUAGCUCAGAAUUUAAUGCAUCGGAGGAUGUUAGAGGGAAUCAAAAGGAAAUUGUGUGCUGCACUGGGGAAUCGGUCGCAUAAAUGUGACGGUAUGAGCGAGCAGCCAGAGGCAUGAUCUGGGGCAUAACAUAAGGCCUGUUUAUGUGUGAGACUGAUUCCUCUUUUAAAAAAAAAAGAAGAAGAAAAGUGAAGUUUAAAACCAGACCAUGCAAAUGACUUUACCUCUGGUUUUUUUUUUUUUUUUUCAAGUUAAUGAAGUGCACACAGACUCUAAAGGCCUUAAUAAAAAAAUCCACACAACGUUGCCUGUCACGAUUACAAACGUACAACCUAGCCCAGCCAUGGAUGCCCUGACAGAGAUUUAGGGCAGGGCCGAGGGCACCUUAAGAAGAUAGCGCUUUUAGUGAACACAGAGGACUUAGAUACGCUGUCUGGUGUAGAACUUCACAACACAGAAACAAAAGGUUCAGGAUGUACCUAGGAAGCGCAAGGCCCUGGGUUCGGUCCCCAGCUCCGAAAAAAAAGAACCAAAAAAAAAAAAAAAAAAAAAAAAAAAAAGGUUCAGGAUGCUCCGUGGGUGACCAGGUCUUGAAGAUGCAAAUUCACGUGCAGAAAGAGGUAGCAUGUUUAGCUUUUAUAUGUGUAUAUAUAUAUAUAUAUAGAGAGAGAGAGAGAAUUUUUUUUUUAACCAAGUGCCAUUAACAUUCAUCCCUCAUGUCUCUUUUCCAAACAAGCAGUGUUGGGGAAGGACCUGGGAUGGAGCAUGUAAGGCAGAAUAGGUUAGGAUGCCGAAGGCCAAAGGUAAGGCCGAGAGGGUCUGAGGAAGUGUUUGGAGGACGCUGGGAAGGUUCACGGAGAAGAGCCUCAGGACUCCACGUCCUGUAGGAAGGAGAAGGUGUUCGAGUCUGCUACACGCAGCGCACGUACCCGUAAGGACGUGGGCUGUUCAGAAACACAAUCACAGGAGCACGCGUCUUUUAAGAGGAAGAAGACCAUAGAGUAUAUUUGCAAAUCUGAAUUUCUAUUUAUUCCCUCAUGGAGUAUAGAAGCAAUGGUUAUCUGAUUAUUAGAGAUAUUAUUUUGGAUAUGUUACUUAUUAACGCGCUAUGGCUGGUAACCAUGAUAAAGUCUGUUAUUAGUAACAACAUAAUUCUUUUUUUAAAAAAAAAAAGGGAAAAAAAAGAAAAGCUUAUUUUUCAUUGACGGUAUAGAUUUUUAUCUACUUAGUUUUGGUUUGCUAUGUUAGUGUUUUGUUUUUUUGUUUUUUUAAGGUUGUGUUCUGAUGAUUUUUUUUAAGAGCCUCUCCCCCCCCCCCCACCUUGAUUUGAAUCCUGUGUUGACUGCAGGUAUACAGCUCAAUUAAAAAAAAAAUCCUAAGGCGGAGAAAUUUUAUUUAUAAACAGAGUCAAACAGUUGCAUGCCUGAGGCUGUGAGGUCAGACACAGGAAUGAGCUGCAGUGCCUUUUUUUUUUUUUUUUAUUUAACCGUCAACCACCCCGCCCCCGCCCCCACCGCUCUGAUUUAAGCAGCAUGUCUGCACUGUCUGAGGCACAGUGCCGGUCUACACUAUCAUGGGUGAUGUUUUAUUGGUGCUUUUCUGUUCAUAGUGUUUUCUUAACCAGAAAACAGUAGGAAGAGACACAAACCGUACACGACACAAACGAUGCUGCUGACGGUUUGUUGUGUGUGUCCCCCACCCCACCCCCUCCCCACGUGCUUUUGAGUUUCACCUUUUUAUACACAAACCCAGCAAGCCAAGUAGCUGCUGGCGAGUCCUGCCUGCCAAGGGCUGCUGUGUGCACCAAGCUCUCAGCCCAGGUUGAGCUGAAGGUCUCUUUCUGGUACCCAGGACGGAUGGGAGCUACAGCUGGGCCCCAACCUCCCAUUCUUCUGAGGCGACGCUGAGGGAAAAACCAGAGUUUCUUUUGAGGUGUCGCUGCCUGCCUUUUACAGAGUGGGAGUCUUCUCUGGGCCUUGCGUUCUUCUGUGCCUCUUGUAGCUAGCGAAUGCUGGUGCAAGGUUUGUAGAUCUGUGCACCCCGGACCUGGGAUGAGGGCUGAGCUAAGGAGGGGAGGAAAGUGGAUUCUGUCCGGUGACCUUCCUCUUUAGCCCAGAGUGGGGGCUAAACCACCCUGCCCAGGGUGCUCAGGUGUGCCUAUGGUAAACAGAACCUGUAGAAGUUGUACACAGAGCCUUGAUGCUAAUAUUGGCUUUGUUUUUUUUUUUUUUUUUUUUUUUUUUGGUUCUUUUUUUCGGAGCUGGGGACCGAACCCAGGGCCUUGUGCUUCCUAGGUAAGCGCUCUACCACUGAGCUAAAUCCCCAGCCCGGCUUUGUUUUUCUGUUUGCUUUUUCUUUUUUUUUUUUUGCAACUCAUCAGAGAUGUUUGCAAAGUGACUUUUUUUUUAAAUUCCUUUAUCUUGACUUAAAGGUGAAUGUGUAUCCCUCUGGGAGGAGCAAGAAGAAAGCAGGAAUGUUAGUCAUGGCGAACAGAAGACUUCCUCCCUUAUUAAUAUAUAACCCUCACAUAUUUAUGCCUAACGCAAGCGGACUUUCAAAAGGCGUCCUUUUGUUGCAUGCCCUGUGCAGGCAUCUGUAUUGUACAUGCAUGACUUUUGUCCUGUUUCCCUGUAUAAAGUCAGUGAACAAAGAAAUAUUUUUGCCUAGUUCAUGUUGCCAAGCAAUGCAUAUUUUUUAAAUUUGUCAUACAUGGAAAGAGCAUGUUUGUUACAUGUAAAAGCUCUACUGAUGCAGACACACUAAUGUUUGAACAUGCUGUUCUUCGCAAGUGUACAGUUUUCAAAUGUUGUUACCAGUGACAACGCCCUCGUGGUCUAAACUUGCUACAGUGUAUUUAUUACUCAUUUCCUCCCACAGAAUUAAGAAUCAUGGCUAUAUUUCAUAUGGUUAUAUUGAGAGUGAAGGGAAAUGAUUAAUACAAGGUUUUGUAACA